UGAGGCAGAAACCACAAAGACAUUUAAAGCAGUCGGUGAUUUUAGCAGUGCUGCUGCAGCUUGAUCGAACAUCUGAAGAAAAAAAACAUCUAAUCAUCUGUCUGAAAAAGUAAGGAUGGCAGUUUGGGACACAAAGAUUUCCUGGAGCUUCAUGUUAGCCCUGGCUGGUGUUGUCGGUGUAAGUGUGAACUAUUCUGAUGAUAUCUGUGCUGUGAAAGGAUCGACUGUCACCCUCCUCUGCACCUUCACUCCAUAUGAGUCCGUCACUCAGAAUGGAAGACAAGUUUUGGUCGAGAUCGUCAGAGUCCGCUGGUGCCAGAACCAUUUGAUUUGUCAUGGCACCACCCCGUCGGUGUACGACAGCGAUUCAGAGAACAACGCCCCUCGUUACAAAUACCUGGGAGACAAGAAGGGAAACUGCACGUUACAGAUCGCUGACGUACAGAAGGAAGAUGAAGCCACUUUUCGCUUCAGAAUGGAAGCUAAUAAUAACGCAGCACACUAUACUGGACACUCAGGAGUCAACGUCACAGUCUCUGACGGAGCUCAGAUGAUCAUAAACAGCUCCGUUACUGAAACGGAGGUGAGAGCAGGUGAGAACGUCACGCUGUACUGCACUGCACCCUGCACGUUCCACCAGCUGGAGGUCACCUGGUUCAAAGACGACCACGCCCUCUCAGAGCCUGGCCCCGCCCUCCAGCUCGGCCCUGUGACUGCAGAGGAUUCUGGGAACUACACCUGUGGUCUGAGGAACAAUGCCGGCACACGCUCCCUGCCGUACAGUCUGCACGUGGAGGCUGAACAGGAACAGGAAGGAACAAACAGUGAUACAAUCAACAAAAUGCUGGUUGUUCGUCUGGUUCUCUUCACUCUGUACACUGUGCUCAUUAUCACGGUGGCAUUCACCGUCAUCAAAAGGAUGUGUUUGCAAGAAAGCAGCAGAAAGCUGGAGAAUGUCAUGGCACAGCCUCCACACUGAUGGAGGAGCUGUGACCUCCACGCUGCCUGAGGUUAUCACCUGAACGCAUCUGUUCUGAUACUGAUCAGCGGCUGGUUUACCGGACAGGAAUCUCUGCACAUAAUGUAAUUUACAGGACAUCAAAUAUAUGUGGAGUGUGUAUGUGUGUGUACGCAGCUACUGUCAGAAUACUGUGGUUCACUGUCUACUCUUUUUUGGCGGUUUCAGUAAAUAAUUUCAGUUCUGUAAGAAGUUUCUAACAUGUGUAUCUGAUUAAAUGGUACUCUAAAAAAUAUACACUUUCCCUUAUGCAUCAUUUUAUAUUUACUGUACUUUCACUGGUUUCUCUGAAAUGUCAUAUUUUUUAAAUAAUUUCUAUCUAGACUAAAGAAAUAAAACAAAAA